AUGGAAUUUAUUACUUUUUUUGAUCAAAAAUGUGUAAUCCUUGAAAAUGAAAAUAAUCAAGCGUCAACAUUGCCAAUUGAAACUGCGAAAUCAGAAAUGUCUGAAUGCUUGGAGAACCGAGCAGAAAAGUCCGAGGAGCAAAGUUUGAUGACAGAUGAUAAUGAUAGUAGCAAUAAAAUUGCAAAUCAAGUUCUCCGGAUAUUUUAUCGAGCAAUUAAACGUGGUGAAUAUUUUGAGAAAAUGGUCACAGGAAUUCAUAAUCACCUCAACGAAAGUAAUAUCAAUCAAGUAGACUUCUUCAAAGUAUUGUCAUUGGAAAUAGAAAAUCUUCCUGUGACCUUCUCUGACAGCAAUAAUUGCAAUGAUAACAAUAAAAUAACCAACGUCUCAUUAUUACGCAAUAAUCUGUUCUACUGUCUAUACGGAUUCUGUUACGAAUUCGGGAUAGGCACACAAUUCAACAGUAAAAUAGCCUUUGAACAAUUCAAAAUCGCUGCCGAGAAUAAUUGUAAAUAUGGAUAUUUCUACAAAAACGGGAUUGCAUGCACAAAAGACACACAAAAAGCCCUAGAAUGGUACAAGAAGUCCGCAGAAGGCGGUAAUGGAAGUGGCCAAUGCUCCUAUGGCUAUAGCUAUUCAGUUGGCCAAGAUAUUCCCAAAGACUAUCGGAAGGCUUUCUAUUGGUAUCUAAAAUCCGCAGCUAAUGGUCAUAGUCAAGGGAAACAUUACCUUGGUGAAUCGUAUCGGUUUGGACGCGGAAAUGUACGUGAUUUGCAUGCUUCGAUAAGGUGGUAUCGAAGCGCGGAAGAUGCUGGAAAUAAUAUGGCGUCUAGUAGAUUACAUGGCUUGUUUAUGCGGUGUAUCAUUGUUCUUCAGAAUAAAGAAUUGGUGAUUGAAUUAUUUAAGAAAUCAGUAGUCCCAGUUGGUCAAUACAAUCUAGUUGCUGCUCUAAAUAACGAAUUCGGAAAGAACGAGCACAUCGAUCUUGCAUUUUAUUGGUACGGGGAAGCAGCAAAAACAGGACAUCGAACUGCUAAAUCUGCUGAAGCUAAUGAUCCGUUAGGUGCUUUUGUAUUUUGGGCUUUGUUAUGUGAAUGGUGA